CUCAUCAUCGCUACGUAGUUUGUAAGGCACAAUCCCAUCAGCCUCAGCUGGCUGGGAAGAAAAAAUGGGGAGCAGAUUGGGAAGAAGGGUUAUACACUUCGCUAACCUACCAAUUAAGCUUCUUAUGCCCUCGUCCUUCUCCAACAUUACUGAAAUUUCUCUCAAAACCAUUCCCUCCGCUACUAAGAUUGAGAUCAAGAGGGUUCUGGAGUCCAUGUACGGGUUCGAAGUCGAGAAGGUGCAAACCCUAAAUAUGGAUGGGAAGAAAAAGAAGCGAGGCGGGUUAUUGAUCGCCAAGCCGGACUACAAAAAGGCAUAUGUUACCCUGAAGAAUCCGCUGUCCGUGUCACCAGAUCUAUACCCAAUCGGACUGAUUGAGCAGUACAAGAAGGAAGCCAAAAAGAAGUCAAAAUCCAGCAUUGUCGAGGAUGGUGAACCAAAGCAGAUGCAUUGGCUUGAAGAGAAGAAAGAAAGGGGGAAAUCGAGACCGGAGACAAGGUUUUGCGGCGGAGAUCGGUCCAGGAAUGUUCGUCAGGGUGCUUCUGAGGCUGUGAAGUUCCCCUGGAGCAGUAUGAGGUCUUUUGCUGGUAGGUAGGAAGGAUUAUAAACUUGAAGGUUUGCAAAGAGAACUUAUUUUGCAUUGCAAAUGAGUAGUGAAUGGGGUUGAUACCAAUAUAUGAUUAUCAUAUCAGCUAACUGAUGAAUAGUUUUCAGCAUCGCUCUUUGUUCUUGCUUUUUAUUUUAUUUUAUUUUCUUUAUGGAAAGAACCAUGUGUCUGUAGUUUGAUAUAUCCUGUGAAAUUCAUGUUGUAACUAUAGGUGUGGUGUCGCUGGAAUGUGAGUUCUUCCAUUCCUCAAUCUGACCUGCCUAUGGAUCCAUGUUGCAAGAAAACCACCGUAUAACUACUCUGUAGAUGAGUGCAACUAUUCAUCUACCCCCUUACCCAAAACACAUCUAUUGCCAGAUUUUGGUCUAGAGUUUUAAAAUUAAUUGCAAUUUAUCAUUUAUUUUCUGAAAUGAC